AGAACUGCCAUGUUCUCGAUGAUGUCGAAUGCUGAAUCUUCCCCGACCACAAGCUCUCCAUUCGGUUUCGGUUCGUCAUCAGCUUCUCCAUUCAGCGCUCCUCAAACUCCGGAUCUCGAGGAUGAACGGUCUAUCUAUAUGUCACCAACACCCGUCAGCAGAAGUUUGAAAGCAGAUAACGUGAAAGAGAUAUACUUCAAAGCUUAUGUGGACGAGAAACUUGAAGUCCACAAGAAAGAGCUGGAAGAAGAGUUGCAUCAAGGACGAAUGCGAGCUCUAGAACAGGCCCUAGAAGAUGCAAAAAAGGAGAGCUGGAUGUACAAACCGCUCGACUUUUAGAGUGUAGCCAUCCAUUUCACUUUAAAGUACAGUCUUCCUUAUUUGAACGUCGCUUUCUGUGGUUGCACCAAGUUCGCUGUCUGCAGAGCAGGCCGGUGGCUUUAGAUCACUACAGCGAUUGGAAAACUGCACAAAACCGCAGAAGAAGUUACCAGAAGACGAUGAAAAAAUGAGGAAAAACUAACAUUAUUUGAAUCUGUAUUUAUUUACAAAAAACUUGAGAC